UCUCGCAGAUGCCAUCUUCGCGCUGCGCCGCGCCGUGCCGCGCGGCGUACGCGCGUACGAACGUAUAUACGCCGUACGCACGAAUGUACGCACACACACCGGCGGCGGCGGUGGCGGACGAAGCGGCAAGGGGCAGGAGGAGGGUGAACAGGGAAAGAGAGAGAGCGCGCGCGAGCGGACGGCAGCCAGCCACGUUGUAUGGUGCGCCGCGGGACCGGAGGUGUAUCGUCGAGCGAGUGGAGCACGGUCUUAAAAAAUGAGUUCAAGCGCGUGUUACAAAUGUAACCGUAUGGGCCACUUUGCAAGGGAGUGCCCACAAGGCGGUGGCGGAGGCAGGGGAGAUCGCGGACGUGACAGGGACGGCGGCUUUGGACGAGGCCGAGAGAAGUGCUUCAAAUGCAACCAAUUUGGACACUUUGCGCGCGAGUGCAAGGAGGAUCAGGAUCUUUGCUAUCGCUGUAAUGGUGUUGGCCACAUUGCGAAAGACUGUCAGCAGGGACCGGAGUUGAGUUGUUACAAUUGCAACAAGACUGGUCACAUGGCGCGCAGCUGCCCGGAGGGCGGCAAUGAUUCCGGCCGCUUUGCGAUGCAGAGCUGCUAUAACUGCAACAAGACGGGCCACAUCGCUCGCAACUGCACCGAGGGCGGUGGCAAGACUUGCUACAUUUGCGGCAAGACUGGUCACAUAAGCCGUGAAUGCGAUCAGGACGACAGGAAGUAGGAGAUAACCGGAAUCCGUGCCGCUCGCUUAACGAUAAGCCGUUUACCGUCGCGCGCGCCACUACCGGGUAUUGUAGCUAGGUAGGGAUGUGUGAAUAUUUGUCUCGUUGACACGUACAAUUCGCGUUGAGGACGCGUUGAGGACGAGUCAUUUUCGAACGACGUCACCGAGAACGGCACAGUUGUUAAUGCCCGUCGGCAUUGCUAUUCGUCGUCGUUAUCGUCGUCGUCGUAAUCGUUUACAUCUCACCAUGCUCCACUCCCGGAGGCCAGCCAGCCACCUAUCAGCCCUCCUCGCCCUUAUUCCUAAUCUCCUUCCCCUCUCUGCCCACCGUUGUUCUCUUCGCAAGGAUUUUUUUUUCUUAAUGAUGUCUUUAAGUUUUUAUUGCUGUUACACUACCGACACUCAUACACGUACAUUUGCUACUACGUGUGAAUGAGAUCAUGUUCAUUCUACGAGUAACACGUCGGACAUUUACACGUAUAUGACACACACCCACACACAUACACGUACACGUACAUGUACACACAUGUCCAUAUGCUCCACAUACAUACACAACCUAUGUAAUAAUAUUAUAAACAUUCUAUUGAAUUAGAGUAGAGACAUGAAUCCUCUGUCCCCUGACUUUCAAACUGUCUCGUACGCGCAUUGUUUUCUGAUGCAAGAUGUAUGGAUUCUCGGGAAGCUCACGGGUAGCCUUGCCGAGAUUUGUUGCGUGUGUCGACGGUUUUGCGCAAAUGUAACGUAAAUGUAACGGGCGCGAGACUUAUCUUCCACGCGCCACCUUCGACGGCUCUCGCAUUUGUACUAAUAAAGUAAAUUUUACAAUACGACUGUGUUACGAUUGAUAAAUGAAGAUAACAAAAAGAAUGGGCCGCCAGCUAGCGUUCCCAUAGUCAGAGAGGAACGUCUUCGUCAUUGACACGGAUUUCAUGAACGGGUCACAAGGCACGGGCUCACGUUGCAUCACUUUUCGCAUCCACACAUCUUGUAUUCUCCGGUCCUCCCUCUCGAACUCUCUAGCCGACACUCAUAAAUCGAGAAAUGAAGGAAAGAAGGAAAGAAAAAAGGAUUCAGAAGCGAACGCGGGAAAAUGGAAAAAAAUAGUAUGCGAGAACACAUGCCGGCCCUGAAUGCAUAAAAAAAAUAAGAUUUAUAGUAACGCUAAUUUUUAAUGUGUAAGGAUGUAAUGAGGAUCUCACCCAGCUGUUAUACUGCGUAUCACUUUUUGCGUUCUUUUGUUUCUUUUUCUGUUUUCCUUUUAUAUACCGGAUUCGUCUAGUUUUUCAUAUAGGUACGGACAAAAGCGGAAAGUAUAGCUGUAGGAUUGUCAGUGUUUACAGGUUUAUAUGCAAUUAUACUCAUACCCUCCGACUUCGACGAAGUUUGGGCGAAAGAGUGAAGACGUGCGCUUUCUACGGCUUUUUCCGAACAUAAUAGAAAGGAUUGCAAUUUGUUAUGAUAUGUUGCGAUUACUACCAGUAAGAUACGUCCGAAAUGGUCGCUACAUCGAUAUAUGUAUAUAUACAUAUAAACACGGUGGUCUGUACAAGUUGACACAUUUUGUACGUACAAUCAUAAUUGUUAACGACAAGACUAUAGAUUCAUAUUGUUCAUACUGUCGCCGGGCUGUUGAUAAGUCCGCGAUGAGAGAGGAGCCCGCGGGAGGAAGUGUACCAACCUUACUAUAUCCUUACAUGUUGCUGAAAAUACUUCGUUACUAGGUAUAUGUAUAUAUAUAUGCGCAUAUGUGUAUACAUAUAUUUAUGCAUAUGUGCAGGAGCUGUAUUUUGUACUGUAAAAAGCUAGCUUAUACUCUGGUCGUUGCUGGUGACUAUAAUUCCGAUGAAUACGAUUCUCCUUUGUAUUUCCACGAGAAAAAUUAUAUUUUUCAUGUAUAGAGUAUAUACUCGAGGUCGAUACUCUUUUUUUUGUCCUAAUAACUCAUAAGUUGUAGGAACAAAAUUUUUGUAGAUGCGAUUGAAGAAAAAGAAAAUUGACUGAUUCGUGGGAAAAAAAAGAAAGGCUAUUAUUCUCCCCGUCGUCUGCGGAGGGGACGACCACUUACGCUCGACGCGAGUACAAAGCGAUUUUCUUAUAUAAACGAAGAAAAGGAGAGGUGUGCGAGCGCGCGCACCGAACACGACGAAAAUUUAUGUUGUAGCGGAAGCCGCGACAUUCGUCCGAUCGCGCCAGUAUCUCAUGAAGUAAAAAACGUAACGCGAGCAACGCAAAUUAGGAUAAGAUUGCGAUUAGAAUUCUGAACUACUUUUUUGGAAUACCUGGACCACGUUCACGCCAAGUAGUAGCAGCAGUGCGAUAUACGCAGUAUCAAUUCGAUCAUCCGGACGGCGAGUCUUUGUUCAAACCCGGGAAAGACGGAUCGCGCGGAUGUCGCGUGAUCUCUAAGGAAUUUGGGACGGCGCGAUUUCGCGCGCGAUCCGUACGCUUUGCGGGUUUCCGUGGUUUUACCAGCAGCGACAAUUGUGUAUUAAUGUUCAGAAGCCAGGCGUGCCUGACUAUCUCGGUGGAAGAAAGACCCGGGCCGCGUCUACCUUCUCGGGUUCCCGGGACAGCGGCGCACCCGGGAGUGUUUCUUAUAUAGUAACCCAGGUGUCCUGCAACAAUUUUAUACACUUAAACACACUGUUCGGGACUUAAAAAAUGCCGGAUCUCAUUGCGUAGUUUCGGUGUGCUAGUGCUCACGACGAGAUUUGGAGAGGAUCAAACAAAUUGUACUUCGCUAUAUUGGAACCUUCGCGGACCUCCGACGCUGACCAAUGCAUGGACGCACGUCGGACCAAGUAUUUUAGACAACGCGAAGCGUCUAAGACGGACGUCCGAAGGCUCGUGGUAUCUCUCGCCUUUAUUCUUUAAUGAUUAGAGUGAUGACUUAUGACUGAAGUCUGGAUGGGACUUAAUGAUAUGGGUGUCAUUGGAUUUGACCCUUUGCUUCUCGUUGAUGUGUCGAUAAGAGGCGAAGGAUAAAUAUCCCCGAAGUCAGGUGUUCUGACACUUCGGACGUCAUUAGACUUUCAGAUAUUUCUUUUAUACUAUCUGGUUGGGAAUGACGAGUAUAUACAUCACACGUGCGAGUAACAGUCUAGCCGAUUCCCUCCGCGACACCGGUCUCCGUGGUUGGCAUCGCCGGAGGUCCAGACGAGCAUACGAAUAAUUAUUAUAAAGAAUAAUAAAAAAAGAGUGCGAUUAGGGCACCUGCGCUUUUGUCUCUGCUACAAGACUUACGUACGAAUAUUGUAAAGAAUACGACUGUUACAGUGUAUGAAUCUAAUUCGACCGGCGGCGCACGCCGGGUCCACGGCUCGACUUAUAUAUUAAACUAAUCUAUUAAUACUUAAAAAAAAA